ACACACACACACACACCCACACACACGGCAAAUGCGUCUGAUUCACUGGAGUAUCAACAAGUAUGUUUGCAGAAUUGGCAGGAAGGAUGUUAAAUACAUGGAGCCCCUUCACAUCUUUCUUCUGCUUUCUCGCUUCUAAUUAAAACUUGGCUCUUGAACAUUUCUCUUUCAAAUAUUUAAUUGCCUUUCAGAUCUUGAUGGAGUCAUUCGGAUUCUCUCCAGUACAUUCACAAUGAAUAUCCAUGGGUGCUAAAUUCUGUUCUCUGGCUCGUGCUUCACAUUCACAACAAAGGCUUCCAACACCUGAAAAUGAAAAAUGGUAUUCUACAUGCGAGCCAGUGCAUCAAAGAGGAAAACCUGCCACUAUGGAAAUGACCCUGAAAAAUCUUGUUUAUUCAUUUUGAAUUGUUCAAUAUGACAUGGAUUAAUAAUUACUGCCCUUGAACUGUAACAAGCAUUCAGAGACAAAGUAUCUGGACAUGACUUUCCCUGGAGGGACUAUUGAUGUGUCAAGGAAAGUCUUCAUCCAUCAUGUCUGUCCCCUUAUUUUGAGAUCACUUUUUACAGUGAUUUUUUUGAGUGUGAUAGGUUCUGCUUGUCCCAAGAGCUGCCACUGCUCUGAAAGGAAUGGUUUGACAGUAGUGCAAUGUUCCACUCGCAACCUAGAGGAGAUCCCCCCUGACCUUCCUCACGAUACUGUGUCACUUCUGCUGUCCUCCAAUCACAUCACCAAAAUCCCCAACCAGGCUUUCAAAAACCUUCCCUGGCUCCAAGAGCUGGACUUAUCAAGGAAUGCUAUUGACACGGUGGACGCUGGGGCUUUUCAGGGUGUCACUGAGAGCUUGCGGGCUCUCGAUCUGUCCCAUAACCAUAUGCGAAGCGUACCCAAGGAGGCCUUCGCUCGGAUGCAUGCCAAAAUCAGCCUGUCCAACAACCCGUGGCACUGUGAGUGCACCCUUCAGGAGGUGUUGCGAGAACUCAGGCUGGAUCCUGAGACUGUGAACGAGGUGAGUUGCCACACCUCUGUCCAGGAGGAGUAUGCGGGCAAGCCUGUCAUCCAAGUGUUGGAUUCGGGCAUAAACUUUUGUAACUUCCACCAUAAGACUACCGAUGUGGCCAUGUUUGUCACUAUGUUUGGUUGGUUCACAAUGGUGAUUGCUUAUGUCAUCUAUUACGUACGACACAACCAGGAAGAUGCCAGGAGACAUCUGGAGUACCUCAAGUCUCUGCCAAGUAGCUCCCAGAUUAGUAAGGACUUUGACACAAUCAGCACUGUUCUCUAGCAUCAAUCAAACCAGUGUAGGAGUGAAUGUUUUUGGCAGAGUAAUGAUGGCACAACAGCAAGCCUUAUUUCCAUUUUCUUACCAAGGACCUAAUAUGUAAUUCUGUUAAUCAUUUGAUUUGAUUGUAAAUGGUUUUCAGUGAUUUUAGCACAGUUAAUGUUUUGACAAUUGACUGUCAACACAGUCUCAUGACAACUGCUAAUAUAAGAGAUGGCAAAAUUGUAAGAUAUUUUACGACUUGGUUCAUACGAAAAGGUAUGGCUGUUAUUCGAAUACUGUAGAUACCAACCAAUCAACACAAUUUUAUAUCAAUACAAUAUAGGCAUCAAAACAGGCAUUGGGGUAGGGGUUGGGGAAACAUGGUAAGAACACUCGUUCAAAACAUCAAUGUUUAUCUUUCUUCAGUGGUACACAACAGUGAUUGUCCUAUUAAAAUCAUGGUUAGGGUUUAGGGUUUCAGGAAAGGGGUAAGACUUUAUGUUUGGUUAGGGGUUAUGCCUUAUGGUUAGGUUUAGGUUUGGGGAUAAAUUUAGGAAACACCGUACAGUAAGAACGCAUGUUCAAAAGCCCAAUGUUUCUCUUUCUUCAAUGGUACACAACAGUGAUUUUCCUAUUAAACUUUUUGGAUAUGGUUUGGAUAAGGGCUUAGACUUCAUGGUUAGGUUUAUGUUUGGGAUAGGGGUUAAAUUAGGAGAAAUCAUAAUAACAUUGUUCAUUGGUUUGUUUAUUUUUAUCUACUGGAGUAAAACUAAGCUGUUUUUGUUUGCGCCAACUCAUAUGAUUUGCCAUAUUGUACUGGUUUUGUUGGGCCCAAUCGGUGCAUCACCACAAUUCUGCAAAAGUUCAAAUUUCUUUGCCAGUACUUAAAUUCCAAUCUUUCCACAAUUGAUUUUUUCAGUUUUUGUGUUAAUUUAAUUACAUUUCACAGCAGAGUACUAAAUGAUGGAUUUAUGGUCCAUUUUCCUUUCUUUUUUUUUUUUUUUCUUUUUUUAUAGUUGUUUGUAAAUGAAUGAGUUGUGUAAAUGAAUGAGUUUUCAGAGCAAGUACAUAAUCACUGCCAAAAACCCAUCAAUUGAGCUCUGCCUUUUUACCUGGAAAGGUGACAGCUUGCCCCAUUUUAAAUGCUCAAGUGCCUACUUCCUGGUACCUCAACACCAAUACACUGUGCAUCGGGUAUUAUUUGUUGUGUUUCAUCUCUGUUCAUUACAAUUGAAGGAAAAAAAAAAACAUCUUUCAAGAAUGGGGGCAAUUUCUGUUGCCCUGUGUGUUAAGUAUAACAGUGUCAUUUUCAGUCAAGUGUACAUUUUUGUGUAUGGUAUUUUGAAGAUUUCUCAGAUCGAUCUAGUCAGUGACAGUGUUGUACUGUAUACAAAUAAAAGAUAUCAUGAGAUGAUAUGCAAAAAAGGAAUUUGUUUGUUAUUAUAGAGAAAAGGGCUUGAGUCGUUUCAUCUGAUCACAUGAUGUAUGUUUCUGUAUUGAGUCCACAUGUAUCAGUUAGUUAAUCAUUGUGACAAGCCUUUCUGCAGUAGUGUGUACAGUAUAUCAUAGUAACACAAGAAAAUAAAAAUGUUAUUU